AUGGCCGAACCCGACGAGAAGAAACAACCCACCAACGCAGUCGAGCACCUCACAGCCGACAACGCCAAAUUCGCGACGCUGAGCGUGGACGCCAAAGAUGCCACGGACAAAGAACACCGCAUGACCCUCCGGCAGGCGAUAAAACUCUACCCCAAAGCCAUAGCCUGGUCCAUCUUCCUCUCCUCCGCCGUCGCAAUGGAAGGCUACGAUAUCGUCCUCAUAGCCUCCUUCUUCGCCUUCCCGCCCUUCACGAAACAAUUCGGCGAACAGCAGCCGAACGGGAAGUACCAAGUCACCGCGCCAUGGCAGAGCGCUCUGUCCAAUGGUGCGCGAGUGGGUGAGAUUCUGGGGUUGACGAUUAACGGGAUCAUAGCGGAGAGGUAUGGGUAUCGGAAGACGAUGAUUGGGACGUUGAUUGCGAUGAUCGCGUUCAUUUUCGUGCUGUUCUUUGCGAAGGAUAUUGGGACUUUGGUGGCGGGGGAGGUGCUGAUGGGGAUUCCGUGGGGGGUGUUUCAGACGUUGACGACGACGUAUGCGGCGGAGGUGUGUCCGGUGGUGUUGAGGGGUUAUUUGACGACUUAUGUGAAUCUCAUGUGGGGACUGGGGCAGUUGAUUGCUGUGGCGGUGCUUAGAGGGUUCUUGAAGAGGGACGAUCAGUGGGCUUAUCGAAUCCCCUACGCCCUCCAAUGGGUCUGGCCAAUCCCCCUCCUAGUCGGCAUCCUCUUCGCCCCGGACUCGCCUUGGUGGCUCUCCCGCCGCGGCCGACACGAAGACGCCAAAAAAGCCCUCCAGCGCCUCACAUCCAACACCCCAGAAGCCGACCUCGACCAAACCGUCGCCAUGAUGCGGCACACGGACGAGCUGGAGAAAGAAAUCUCCUCGGGGACCUCCUACUGGGAUUGCUUUAAAGGCGUCGACCUCCGCAGGACGGAAAUCACUUGCCUAGCCUGGGCUGUUCAACCCCUCUGCGGAGCCUCGCUCAUGGGCAACUCAGCGUACUUCUUCGAACAAGCCGGCCUAGGCACAGGAGUCUCCUUCGAUUUCUCCAUAGGCCUCUACGCCAUCGCCAUGGUCGGCGUCGUCAUAGCCUGGUUCACCAUGGCGCGUCUCGGCCGGAGAACCCUCUUCGUCGGAGGCCUGGUCUUCAUGUGUCUCGUCCUGCUCAUCAUCGGCUUCGUCGCUUUGGCGCCUCCCAAGGCUAAAGGACCGAAUUUCGCUAUUGGAUCGCUCCUCCUCGUCUGGGCGUUGGUAUACAAUAUCACCGUCGGGACGAUCACUUACUCGAUUGUCACGGAGAUGCCGUCCAGUCGUCUCCGCACGAAGACCGUUGUCCUGGGCCGGAAUAUCUACAACGUCAUUGGUAUUAUCAACGGAAUCAUCACGCCGCGAAUGUUGAACCCUUCGGCUUGGAACUGGAAGGGUAAAUCGGGCUUUUUCUGGGCGGGUAUGUGUCUUCUGUGUCUUGUUUGGGCGUUCUUCCGAUUGCCGGAGCCGAAGGGCAGGACGUAUGGCGAGAUGGAUGCGUUGUUUGAGAAGAGGAUUAGUGCGAGGAAGUUUAAGAGUACGGCCGCGGAGUUGUUUGCUGAUGAGGUGGUUGAGGAGAAGGCGGAGAAGUAG